CUAUUGGAAUAUAAUUUUUUUGUAUUUUUAAGAAUUUUGAAUUAAAUUUAAUAAUUAUAACCGCAAGAGUAUAUAACUUGCUUUCUUGUUUUGAAAAAACUUAAUUAAUUAACUUAACUAAAAUGCAACUAGGCUCCAAUUUCACAUGCAACGCUCAAUAACCAUCUACAUGAUACAAAUUUAUGAAAUCAGACCUUUUAUUAAAAGAUAAGACCAAUGAAAAUUUUCUGCGCCAGAGCCAGUUCGUCGAUUUUAAUACAUUUAUUUUAUAGCUUUGCGAUUGGUGUGGCAAAUACUGGAACUACCGCAAUAGCGGAAAUUCAAUUUGCGGACUACAUAUUUCCGAGCUUUGACCAGAUAGUAAAUGAAGCUGCCAAAUAUCGAUACCGAAGUGGUGGGCUCUUUGACUGUGGAUCAUUAACUUUUAGAGUUCCUUGUGGUGCUGUCGGUCACGGGGCACUCUACCAUUCUUAAAGUUCAGAAUCAUACUUUGCUCACACCCCGGGCCUUCGUGUAGUGGUUCCCCGUGGACCCAUAAAGGCAAAGGGUCUUCUUCUUGCAUGCGUUCGUGAUCCAAACCAUUGUAUAAUUGUUGAGCCUAAAACUUUGUAUCGGGCAGCUGUUGAGGAUGUGCCAACGGAAUACUUUACCUCGAAACUCGGCAAAGCUGACAUACUUCGGGAUGGAAAAGAUGUCAAACUUGUUGGUUGGGGUACACAAGUCCAUGUUUUAUUAGAAGUUGCUGAAAUGGCCAAAGUACAUUUGCAUGUGGAUUGUGAAGUAAUCGAUUUGGUCUCUAUUUUACCGUGGGACACAACUUUAAUUUGUACCGUUGCUGAAAUGGCCAAAGUACAUUUGCAUGUGGAUUGUGAAUUAAUCGAUUUGGUCUCUAUUUUACCGUGGGACACAACUUUAAUUUGUACCAUACAUCAGCGCUCUGACAAUUUAUGGAAUACCUCUAGCGAGGAGUCGCUAGCGCGUCUAAAUGCUAAAUGCUAUAAAGAGCUUAAAACAAUUGAAAUCCGGGGUCCAGUUCUGGAUAAACUUCAUUCGCCAGAAUUUUUAAAGUUGACUUCGAUACCGGCGCUUUCCCGUACAGGUUGUCACCGUGUCAUAGCGGACACAGUCCCCAAGCGCGUCUAAAUGCUAAAUGCUAUA